AUGGCAACAGGUAUAAUGCCACCAGAUGCUAAAACAGGUGGAGUAUUUGUACAUGAUCCAAAAAAAACAAAUAUUAGUUUAAGAACUCUUGAAAGUGUUAUUAUUCGUGAAGAUAUUAAUGGUGAACCAAUACAGAUAACAUCAAAAUGUAUUGAACUUGAUAAAGAAAUGAUUACAGCAUUUGGUGUAUCGACAGCUAUUCUAGAAAAUAUUAUUUUUUGUCAUCAAGAAGAAUCAAAUUGGCCAUUAAGUAAAGGAAAACAGUUAAAAACAAAAUUUGAUGAUAUAUUUGCUGCAACAAAAUAUAUGAAAGCAUUUAAAUUAAUUCGAAAAAUUCGUACAGAAAAAUUCAAAAAAAAAAGACAAUAUGCAAAAAUUGAUGAAUGUCGACAAACAUCAAAAGUUAAUGUUGAAAAUAUUCAACUUAAACUUGAACUUAUUGAUAUUAAAAUGAUCUUAUGA